AUGAGAACCACAGUUAAAGUUCAAAACGAAUCUGACGAGGAGGAAGAUAUCCAGCGUGUGGCUCCAAGCGCCAAGAAGAGCAAAAGAACCCGACAUAUAGUAGAUGACGGAAGCUCAAGUUCGGACCACGGGCCCCCUAGCAAACGUCGCUCAUCCUCGGCAGUACCCCCGAAAUCCCACAAGUCCAAAACAUCAAAGAAAUCCGGUACCAAUUAUACAGAUUCGGAUUCGGACGCGAACGAAGAAGCCGAUGUGGACGUUGAAGGCAGCGGGUCAGAAGCGCUCCCGCCUGAGGAUGAUGCAGCCGACAGUGCCAGCUCCCAUUCGUCUUCGCCAGCAAAAUCCCGAACGACACGCAGACAGGCGUUGGCUUCCAGACCCAAAUCGAACCGUGUACAGAGCGAUGAAGAAUCAGGGCAAGCCAGUGAAAAUGAGGAGAUUGCACCUCUUCCGCGUCAAGCAAAGAUACCUACUAUUCCCCGACGCCAACAGACGGCCUCGUCCUCCUCAACUCCCACGGCAACCAAACCCUUGCGUAAACCUGUUACUUCUAAGCAGCCCAAGGACAAGGAUUCCGAAAGACUAUCGAGCGCCACGAUUAGUGGUAUCCCUUCCAUUCCACGAAGACCAAAAGAUGCAUCGGCGGUGGUGAAAGAUACGCAAGACAUGGACCUUCUAAACAAGGACGUGUACAAUCAACUAUUCAACACGCCUGCUAGUUCCAAACCCGUCGCGAAACAUGUCCAAAACGAGGCAAAGCAAAAAGAGAUCGAUGCUAAACGUGCAGCGGCCAAGGCUGCUUUGCUUGAGGCCCGGGCCUCAACAUUCGAUUUACAACUUCCAACCGACAAAGUCCUAGCGUUCGAGAACCGGCUUCGCAAGCUUCAUCGGUGGUAUGCUCCCAGCGCUCUUGGCUUUACGUAUCAUGAAGAACUUCGCCUUCAGCGCCAGCGCCAACAACAGCGUCCAGUCGACGGUAACUCAGACCCUAAUCAGUCCACCGUCGCGAGAUGA